AUGUUCAACAUCGAUUGGAAGGGCCUUGCCCUCCCCUUUGCCUAUGUUCUCGUCCUCGGCAGCGCACUCAUGACAUUCUCGACAAUCUACCGAAAAAGAAAAGCUGCUGAGAGCGCCAACUUGGCUCCGUGGUUCGGCCCUCACCUCCAGCGCAACGUCUACCUGUCCCUGCUACACCUCGAGGACGGCUCCGAAAAGGGCCCCAAGAUUCCCGAAAGCGUCCUACGAGCUGCCCUUUUGCGUCGCGCCGUCGAAGAUAUCCGUCGUCUGAUCCAGAUCAAGUCUGCGAAGCAAGCAUGUGGUUCUCUGCUGCAACGAGGCAGUGUGGGCGAUGAUCUGUGGCAGCGAUUCCAGCGCGCCGAGAAGGAGAUGGAGGAGGAGCUCAGAGAUGUCGUGACAGAGGCCAACGCUCUCGCACCAAACUGGGGCCAGUCCAUCUUCCAAUCCGCGCACGAAAUGACGGCCAAUGCUACCAUGCGCAGCUCAAUCGAAGAGAUCCUCGCCCAAGCCGAGUCAGAGAAGCAGUGGUGGGAGAAGCGCCGAGGACAGAUCCAGUCAGAGUUCAUGAAGGAGCUCGACGGCUCUGAGCAGAGCUCUUCUGCCAAGACUGCCAGUGAGGAGGAUGCCGUGAUGGUUGACACGCCUUCGAAGAAGAAGGGCAAGAAAUAG